GCUAUCAGAGUACCGACUUUUUUUUAUUGUCAAAAGUUACCUCAAAAUUGAAGAAAAAUUAACAGCAAAUUUUUAUUUCCGACUUUUGCUUCGAAAUUGUCUGCAAAUUCGGGCAGCAGAUUUCAGGUGAUUUCAACAUCAAAUUACUGUCAAUUUCAAACUAAAGUGGGGAUGGGGACACUUUGCCAACAAAAUGGCUAUUAGGGCAGAAAGGGUGUUCAGACAAAAAUUUGUGGCAACCCUGGCUACAUCAAAAUAUCCAAAUAUUUAUUUUGAGUAGAGUUGGCAUCGAGUAUUCAAAUUUGGAGAAAAGUCGUCGCCCUGCCGGAACAACUGCUCUUAUUAAAUAUUAUUAUAAUUAAUAACAGUAUUUAUUGAGAUAAAAAUAAUAGUUGAAGUUCGUAAAUUUUUCACAUAUCAUCGAUACAAUCAUAGACAACCAAAAGAGAUCGUCUAUAAUUACAUAAUUUUAAUGAACUACAUCUCUUAAACGACGUGGAAAGAAAAUCUGAUUUUUUUCUUCUCAAGUACAUCAAAAUAUAAUCUUUUAAAUAAAAAUAAAAAAAUUGGGGCUCAAGUUGGAGAGUUGUGGAUGCUAAACUACCAUAAGUCAUUUAUCAAAAAUAGAACUCAGUUAAGUAAUUGAUUAAGAGUUGACUGUAUCUAUAAAAAAUGAUGAACGAACUCUCGAUGUUAUCAGGUGUGAUUAUUUAGAUGUUAAAUUUUCAUUAUGAAAGGAACGUUAUGCUAUAUCUUGUUGCUACCCGUGAAAUAUAUUCCUGACCUCUAACCUCAGGUAUUAGAUACGUAAUAAUAAAAGUUAAAAUGAUCAAAAUUCAUACUUCUUGAUAACUGCUUUUUUUUUUUUUUUUUUUUUUAAAUUGAUGUCAUUGUUGAAAGAUCAACUUUCACGAUUUAAAAUAAUGAGUGUAUCUAAAGGAUUGAGAUUGUUUGCUCUUCGAAUGAGUUCUGUUAAAGAAAAAUUAUUUUCUCAAAAAAAUUUAGUAUACACAAAUGUCGGUAUUUCGAUGUCGCUCUCUGCUGUAGGAGAUGUUUUAGAGCAACAUUACGAAAUUUUAAAGGACGAAUGGAGUGGUUGGUGUCCAAAACGAACUGCUCAUAUGACUAUAUCUGGGAUGUCCGUUGGACUUUUCUGUCAUUAUUGGUAUAAAUUUUUGGACGCAAAGCUCCCCGGAAAAACUGUUAAGAUUGUUUUGAAAAAAGUGGCCGUAGAUCAACUUAUUUGUUCUCCAAUUUAUAUUGGAAUAUUUUUUAUCACAUUAGCUUUUUUAGAACAAAAAAACUGGUCGGAGUUGAAGACUGAAGUUAAAAAUAAAGCUCACAAAUUAUACAUAGCUGAAUGGAUCGUUUGGCCACCUGCUCAAAUUAUCAAUUUCUAUUUUUUACCUACAAGAUUUAGAGUUCUUUAUGAUAGUACUAUUUCUUUGGGUUAUGAUAUUUACACCAGUCAAGUUAAACAUAAACAUUAGAAA